CAACCACACUCGUCAUCGCAAUCUCUCCGGUUAGAUUACAAGAAAUAAAGUAUUACAAGAAAUAGCAACGACCUAAGAAAAAGUGAGGCGAAUUAUCCAACUGCUUGUCUGUUACACUUUGAUUGAAACUACAACCUUAUCUGUGUGAAAGUGAUAGUUGGCGAUUGUCUUGUUUGAAUCGGUUCAGGUGGACAUUUCUUCAGUUAACUGUAAACUUCUGCAGAAACUGGAACUCAACUCGCUGAGGCCUAAUCGCUGGUCAGGGGAUUGGUCAUUGAAACGUGAAAGUGAAUUUCACACACAAAAUUGGAAUAACUGUUAAUUGGACUCAAUAUAAUGAACACAUUAGCAAAAAAGUCUACAUGCAAGUGAAAAUGUCAACACAAUAGGUUUCUACAAAACAAACAUGGCUCUUUGUUUACCAUACGUAUCUGUGAUUUACAUAUUUCUAAACAAACAGUUAAUACCGAUUUACAAGAUUUGCUAAAAUGAGGCACUUUACUAUAUUUAUCAACCUUUUUGUGAUAAAUACUUGUAUUAGGGUGCCUAUAUGGACCAACGAUAAUAUAAAGCGUAUCUAUAAAGAAGUUAGACCAACUCGAGCUGAUGUUUUGCCACAUCAACCAUAUAAUUAUUUAAAUCAACAACAUAGUGCCAAUUUGCAACCUUUAGAUGCCUUCAUCUCUUCUUCAAACAAUGGAUGGAACCAACUGUUACCCAAAACUAGUGUUAAAAUUAUUACCAGCAAACCCAAGUAUUACAAGAAGAGCAUUAUACAAAUGCCCAGGAAGAAGAAGUUGUACAAAAAACCACUAAAAGCUAGUAGUACAUUAAACAAUUACCAAAACCCAGUUCCUUAUAUUACGUACAGAAAGCCUAAAAGUAGCGCAGACUUUUUUAUAAUACCUCCGUCCAAAAGUAGUAAUUUAUAUAAUGCGUAUCCUAAAGUUCCAGUACGUACAAAUUUAAUUAAGUAUCAAAACCCUAUUCAGGAUCAACAUUUUGCUCAACCCGAAAAUAUUCCACCAGUACAAAAUAUUCCGAAAUUCAAUCAACCGUUAUAUACAAACUUGGAUCAAUCCUUUAAUAUUCCUAUAAAUUCAAAGCCUGACACAACUUUUCCAAAAACAUUUUACGCUCAAAAUCAAAAUGCCGAGGAAUCGUUUGUUCCAUCCCUUCCUGUAAUACAACCUCAGCAUUCCAAUAUAAACAAUUAUGAUCCAGUCAAAAAUAAUUUACAAGGUCUACAAAAUUUGGAAAACUUUGACGAUUUCAACCCCAGCCCAGAAGUUGAACCAAAUAAGAAGAUAGUCACACCAACAAAAAAUGAACCAGAAUAUUACAGUCAUUUGUACAAAAAUUAUAGAGAUGAUAAAACUCAUGAACCUGAAGAAACAGAUAUCCACUAUAAACAAGAAGAAGACCCCGAAUUUGAACGAGAUGAAGUUGAAAAAGCUCCUGAAAGCACCCACGAAUACCCAGCAGACAUACCAACAAAACCUCUAUAUCCCGGAGAAGGUCUAUGGGCUAAGCCGGGUCUAAAACACAGACCAUUUAUUAGUCAACAAAAAUAUGAAGAUCUCAAAGAAGAUAAAGAGACACCUAAAGGUUAUGAUACAUUUGUAGUUGGAGAAAAUAUAUUCGAUAAAAACAAAAACAGAUUCGGUCAGAACCUUGAACAUUUUACACAAGAACAUAACUUAAACAACAAUGAACAGAAUGUACCUGAAACAGUUGUGGUAUCUACAACGGAGAAGUCAUCUGAACAACAAAAUUCUGAAAGCAGUGAAGAAAGCGAAGAAGAAGAGUUUGUUCCAACAAGAUUGUACGCCCAAGUUCGAGCUACUGAAAACCAAGAGCAUUUGCCAGAAGAUGACGACGGCAGAUUACGAGAAGCCAUUAAAGAAUCUAAAAUUCAUACCGUAUAUACAGAAGAAGGAUACGAAGAUAGUGCGUAUGACCAUGCAGGUCACGAGAAAGAAGCAGAAAAUGAUGAAGGAUUCGAAGAUUUAGAAAGAGAAAAACUAGAGAAAAAAGAAAAGAAAGUUCCCCAUAAAAAGUAUAAUUUACACUUACCUAAAUUUUCACGAACGAAAUAUUCUAAUGGAGAAGGUUUAUUAAGUGACGAAGAAAUAGAAAGACUAAAGAAACAAGAACUUGGUUUGGAAGAUGCUGAUGCAGCUGGUACUCAGUUUGAAGAGCUCGAUAACACAAAUCAAACAGACGAUAACAAUGAUACAGAGAAUAUUAACGAAGAUUAUUCCGAAGAUGAUGACGAAGAUGAAGGUGAAGUAACGAAACCUCCUUUAAAACAAAGUAAUAAUUUUAUAAGCACCAAAGAAACAAAAACAAUGACAACCAAAGAAAAGGACGAUGGCGGUACAGAGACCGAAAUAUCUAGUAAAGUAAGAAUAAUUUUACAACCAAACAAUAGUACAAAUUCAGAAAAAUAUGUUAAGGUUUAUCCACCCAAAGUGUACAAAACCAUAAAUAGAAAUAAACUUACUUUACCUGAAUAUGACGUAUCAAGAACUACAGAACAUGAAAAUACUCCAGUGAAUUUUAGCGGCAUUUUUAUUGAAGAAAUCAUCACAACUACGGAAAUACCAUUUACCAAAUUACCAAGCUUAGAAUUUGAUGGUUACCAGGAUGAAAUACCCAUCACUACCCUUCCAACUACUGCAAUUCCAAAACCAACAUAUACUGAUACUGAUGAAACUUUAGAGAGCAUAAAUAAAGCUUUUUUAACACUAAAUGCUAACAAAAGAAUAAAACGAUUCACAAAUGAUUUUUCUAAUCUUAAACUUGAAGCACCACAUUUUUUACCUUUGGUAAGUCACGAGCUGGGGAAAGUAGAAAAAAAGGAUAAAGAAAAAUAUCCUUAUUAUGAUAAUUAUGAAGAAGAAGGCAUAAAUAAAGACUCGCCCCUGAGAUAUGCAGAAAAUUUAAAAAACAUUCCCAAAAAAACUGGAAAAAGGAUGGUAUUUUAUGAACAAGCAGACAAAAAAGUGCAAUGCCCUGAAAUAGAAGCAACAUUAAAUCCCAUACCAGAGAGAGUUUCAGAGGCAGAAAAACAAAAGCUUGAGAAUAAAACUCAAGAAGAGACUAAAGACAAAUCACACCCAGACAAACAACCAAAAUCACCCAGGUUAUCAGGUCUAGGAAAUCAAAUAGACUGUUUAAAAUCAAGAUACUUUGGAAAAAAUCCUUUCGACAGCCCGUUUUUUGAAGAACAAACAGUAGCUCCUUUAACUCCAAUUUUUAAUGAACUAAAGCCAACUUUUAGGAAUAAAAAAAGUAAUAAUUUAGUGAAGCACAAUGCUGAAAGAGAUUACAGUUAUAAACAAAUAGAGUCCAAUGACAUUGACAAUGAUCAGAAAGACAGAAAAUACUCGAAAAAAGUUAAGCAUCACAUGAGACUUUCAAAUCAGUUUGGAGACAAAACUGCUACCACCCAAAAUACGCCGAAAAUUAUUAAAAAUGAAAUAAAUGACCAACCGAAAAAAUAUUUAGACAGUAGGAAAAAGGUUUACAACAGUAACGAUUAUUCAACUACUCCUUUAAAUGUCCAUACAAUCAGUCUAUUAACUACUCCAAAAUAUACAGUUACCCUAAAACCCAAACAUAUUUACCAUCAAAUUGAGCUUCUAGAAUAUUUGCCCGACCAAAAAAAUAAUAGCAAAAACCUCCAAGACCCAAAAAAUAAACCAAAAUCUUCGAAAAACUCUGAAACUGUAGAUGAAGACAACCUUAAAUUUGAAUCUUCCAACAGUCAGUCUAUACUUCAUAAUAACGGUAAAGGUAUAACAAAAAUUGAAGGAGGCAAAAUACCACCAUUUCUUAUUUUUGACGUGAACAAGUUUCUUCCAAAUCAACCAAAAGAAAAAGAGAAAGGACAGGUUCAGUUUGAUGAUCAAAAGCAAUCAAUAACACAAAUAAAAAAAGCUGACUCAAGAGAAUCAAAAGCAAUUGACGAACUUCCUGAAGCAGAAGAACUUAAACGAAGAAGAAAAAUACGAAGAAAGCGACCUCUGCUUCAAAUUUUUGAUGUUAAUAAAUUUUUACCUACAACUCCCAGUCCAAUUUAUAUUGAACCUUUAAAAACUACCACAGUUCUGCCAAAGUACACAGUACUAAGUGAAGUAUACUACAAGGAUGAUAUAAAACCAAACGAACAGCUGAAUGUAUUUACAGAUAUAUUAAACAACAUUAAAAAUUCAUCUAACAACCAAGCAGCAGACACUUCCAUUCAAUCAUCUGAACCUGCUUCAAUCACGUUUGGUUCUAAAAUAACUCAUAAACCACAGUAUAGACCACAACCACCCAAAAACGUUCAAUAUAUCCAAGAUUCAUAUCUUCAAGCUUAUGGUGAUCAGGAAAUAGACGACAGUUAUUAUUCCUCACAAAUAACUACAUCAACCAAUACGCCCUUAGUCACUGCUACACCUGUAAGUCCAGUUACUCACAGAGUAAGUCCCAAAUUUCAUAUACGAAAACCUCCUAACAUUUACACUCAUCAAGGAAUUUCUACACCAAGUCCUGAAAUUUUAAAAGACAGGGAAGAAAAAUUUAAGCUAUAUUUAUCUCUUUUAGCAGCCAAGAAACAACCCAAAUAUACGAGCACAACGACUAUAAAAAAUAUUCCAGUUUACCAUCAAACAAUACCUGUCACCGAGAAAGCCCAAGAGUUUAUGGAAAAAACAACUAGGGUUAUGGGGUUAAUGCCCCCAGGAACCCAAAGAUAUAAGACAAUCCAUCAUCCAAAAAGAGAUAACAGUUUUCAAGUCGCAACACCAGGCCAAAAAAUAAUAAGAGUCAAUAAAUAUUUUGUUUUUGGAAUGAGGCCUCCCCCUAAACAGAAAAUUAUAAUAUAUGCAGAUUAUGCUAAUAGUAAACCUAUUGUUAAAAAUAAUAAUAUACUGGUAAGAGGUAAGAGAAGUACUUCUAGAGGUUCUUAUUCCUCAUUGUCAAGAACUAGCGGUCAGUUCAGUGGAAAACAAAAUGAUGAACCAAAGUCCUCGGAGGAAGAUGAUGAUUAUGUACCACACAGACCGAAAAAUUAUUACUACGACGAAAAAACUGGCAAAAUUGUAUAUCUUACAACAAAAAAACCUUUACAAAGUGAAGAAGAGGAAAUUGAAUACGAAGAGGUUACUGAAGAACCAGCAUCCACAACGACGUCAAAGCCAAAACAGAAUCCAAUUUUUGCCACUGCAACUCCACCUCCUGCAGGGAAGGGUUUCCUUGAUUUUGUGAAUAAACUCAGACAAGCACCAGGAUACGUACAUAUUCCUGAUCCAACAACAACUGAAAAAGGGCAAGAAGAAGUUACACAAAAAAUAACAACCACGAUAAAACCCGAAUCUACCACACCACCAGAAUUUUUAAAUAUUUUGGCAAAAGUUAGACAGAAUAGUCAGUACAAAUUAAUUGAAGAUGAAGACAAGAAGAAAAAAGGUACAAAAAGUAGCACCACAACAGAAAGCUCUGAAGACAUCGUGGACGAUAAUGCAGAUGAGGAAGAGGAAGAAGCAGAACAAUUUUCACAAGGUAAUAUACAGAACUCGCCUGGUGGUCAAAAUUCUGCAGGAGCUUACGAACAAUUGGGGAUAUUUGACGUAACAGACUUUAUUCCUAAAAUAAAAAAUUAUUUACCCAGAACAUCGUAUGAUAUAACAAAAUAUAAAACUAUUUCAAGACCAACUGUUCAGCCAGCAUCUGCCGAAGAAGAAGAUGAUGAAGAAGAAGUUCGACUUGCGCCAACCACUUCCAAACAUUUUGUAAUUUUUACCAACGAAGACGCAGUGUUAACUGAUGAUAGUGUUAACGAAGCAACGGCAACUAAAGAACCAAAAAAAGUGCCGAUUACAUUACAGAGAAGACGAUUGACUACAAGUGUAACAACUACUGAAACGUCCACUACUUCUACCACAACAACAGAGAAGCCAGAUCAACCAACAACUAAACCAGUAAUAAAACUUCGAAGAAGACCCACGACUUUGAGGAGUACUAGAACUACUCACCGCACUUUUACAACAACAACAACAGUGAGACCUUCUGAUUCCAUAAUUAGUCCUGUGGACAAACUUAGACGUAAUAAUUAUCGCAGAAGACCCGUCAGAAUCAAAAAUGAACAAGUUACCUUAAGGGAUUUAGAUGAAGAUGGGGAAAAUACUACAAAAGUUUUACGCAGAAGAUCUGACACUACGGAACAGACUACGCCAAAACAAGGAAGUAAAUUUGUCGAAGCAUUUAAAAGAUAUCACAGAAAUAAAAAGCAUGGUGGUAAUUAUAGAAAAGCAGAAAAUGAAAACGUUGAUGUUAAAGAACCUGAAAAUUCAACUCCAGUCAAUGAAAAACCUGUUGUUGUACCUCAAGAUGUUGAAAUCAUUGCCGAUUUCGACAAAACGAAACGUCAUGGUGGUAAUUAUAAAAAAGAAGAAGGUGUUUCCCUAGAAAAGGCAAAUAUUCCUGAAGAUUAUGAAGACGCAGAUGAAAAAAGUUCAGGAACUGAUGAUAAACCGUUAUUAAUAAAUCUUUUGGCCAAGGAUCAGGAUCAGGAAAAAAACGAGAGUAUUGAAAAUUUAGAAACUGACACCGAUGAUGGUCAAUCUCCCAUUGCGUCACCAACCAAGCGAACUAUACAAGAAAAUAAAACUAAAGAAAUAUACCGUCGAAACAAACCAAUUAUAAGAAGUAGAUUAGUAAACAAUAAAGUGAAAAAACCUAUUAAAACUCCAAAUAGAAAAUAUUUCUCAACAGAGCCACCUCUGAAACGUUUAACUGACAUAGUUCCUAAACCUGAAUCAUAUUAUAAAGAUCCACUACUACCUUUUUCUGUAAAUAUGUUAGUGAGAGUUGACAAACCCAACAGUGAUGAGAUUUCUGGUAUUUCAAGUGAUAGCGCUGAACAGAUUGACAGCGAUGAAGAGGUUAAGGUAACCUCCAGAGAUACCUCUAGUAAAAGACCGAACUUUAUAAAAGAUCCAAGUAAACGGUUGUAUUAUUAUGCUCCGAUUUAAAAUAUUGUAAAUAUGUAAGCUUUAUGUUUAAGUUUUGUAUUUAAUAAAUAGUUUUAAGUACAAA